AUGUUGGUCCCCAACCAAUCCAGCACCGCUCCUUUGCCUUUUCUCCUGCUGGGAAUCCCUGGCUUGGAAGAUGCCCACGCAUGGAUUUCCAUCCCAUUCUGCUUUACGUACAUCAUGGCCUUGCUGGGAAAUAGCACGGUGCUGCUCGCCGUGAGGCUGGACAGAACUCUCCACGAGCCCAUGUACUAUUUCAUUUCCAUGCUGGCUGUCAUUGACCUCAUCUUCACAACCGCUGUAGUUCCCAAAAUGCUGAGCAUAUUCUGGCUGGGCUCCAGACAGAUUGCUUUUCAGGCUUGCUUCACCCAGAUGUUCUUCAUCCACACGUUCACUGCCGUGGAGUCAGGGGUGCUGCUGGCGAUGUCCUUUGACCGAUACGUGGCCAUCUGCAACCCCCUGAGGUACAUCACCAUCCUGAGCCAGGCGCGGGCCGCGCAGAUAGGGCUGCUGUCUCUGGCCCGGGGAGCUGCUGUCAUGGCCCCUUUGAUGUGCCUCCUCACCAGCUUACCCUACUGCGGGGACAGGGUCGUCCCCCACUCCUACUGCGAGCACAUGGCCGUGGUGGAGCUGGCUUGUGCCGACCCAUCGGUCAGCCAUCUCUAUAGCGUCGUCGUGGCCACGCUGCUGGUCGGGACGGACUCUGUGUUCAUCACCUUCUCCUACAGGAUGAUCCUCAGGUCGGUGCUGAGGCUGCUGUCCCGAGGGGCUCGUCUCAAAUCCCUCAGCACCUGCGGGUCCCACGUGUCCGUCAUCCUCCUGUUCUACAUGGGCGGCCUGCUCUCCAUGUACCUGCAGAUGUUCUCUCUCGGCUUGGCGCCUCACACCCGAGUCCUGGUGGCUGAUUUCUAUUUGACGGUCCCUGCCAUGCUCAACCCGCUCAUUUACGGCAUGAAGAUGAAGCAGAUCCGGGAUGGGAUGUUCCGACUGCUGGAGCAGUUGCCACAACUCAGGUUCUCAGCCGCUCACUGA